CACAGUUGUUGUUUAGAGCCACAAACCCAGUCUUGAUUUUGGACGGAAAAUGGGGAGUGAUGGACGGGAAGACCAAAUUUAGUAGUAAGUGUGACGUUAAGUGACCAUUCAGCCACGAACUAGACCCUCCCGCUUCACCUCACACCAUUAAAGGAGAAAGAAUAAAAAACUCUCUAUCUUCGAAGGAGCAACCAUGUCGAUGUGGUCUUCCUCCGUCUCCAUCCUUCCAUCCUCACCCUUGGUUUCUCCGACAAAACUUCUUAAACCUACCGUCCCCACUAAACCGGCUGCUUUUCCCGCCACCGCCUUCGCCGCCCCUCGCCGCCGUUCAUCGUUCGCAGUUCCAGCCAAGGCACAAGAAACAGAGGAUACUACUGCAGGGGAUGAGAAACAGGGGACACCGAACCAAUUGAGAGGGCUGGAUGUGCUGUUGGCUAUGCAGAAGGUGGCUGCCGUGAAGAGCAAAGUCAAGAAUCGGAAGAGAAGCGGUCAACUGCGGGAAUCCCCUGCUGCUCCCGGCGAUGAAGAGGCGCAGGCUGAUUACAGCAAUGUUCGGCCGGUGCGCGUGAAGAAAGAGUGGAAGGCGAAAUUGGAUGAUUUGGAAAGUCGCCUUCGCCGGCUUUCUUCCGAGGAGACCUAAACAUAAUGUGAAUUUCCCCCGCCCGUCUCUUUGUUCAGUCCAAAAAUUGACCCACCCAAAAAUGUACGAAAUGUGAAGUUAAGUGAUCAUUCUGUUAAGAAAUGAAGUUUGCUGGUAAAAAGGUGAAUCGCUUGAAUCGCAUGGAGUUCCUCUCGCCGUAGGAGAGCUGCUUCAGUUCCUGCCUUUGUUCUUCUAGAUACUUUCCGCAGUAACUGAUUCAAAAGCUGGAAUUCUGUGUGUUUAGCCUAUUCCUCUCUUCACUGGAUCUUUGCCCUUUGCUUCUUGGGAUCUUUCUCAUGAGAAAUCUUGUAGUUUACUACGAUUGUACUUAAGAUUUUGUGGUUCUUACUGUGAGUCAGAAUGCUAUUGUUAACGAUCUUUCAGUUUCGGCUGAUGCACUUGAGCUCUCAUUUCAGCUUUGGGUUGUCCACAGGGAAUGCAAUUUUGUGAAUUCAGCAAUUUGGGUAGUUCUGCUGAUGUGCCUUGGCGGGUAUGUUUGCUUCUGUACUUUUCAGCUAUCAUUAAUGCCCUGGAAAAACAUUGUUGAUUCGUCACGGGAUGUAUGGGGGGAGAGAAUUGUUGAUAGAUGUCGGAUUUUGUCUUGGUACUUGAUAGCAUGCCAGAAAUUUUGGUUUCAAGUAUCACAUCUUGUAGUUUGUUUUCUGUUAUUAGAUGACUUGGUUAUAUGAUUGGAGAUUUGAUGUUUUAUAUUUUGUUUGGGAUAUUGAUUUGAUGUUGAGGUCUUUAUGUUUCUCUCUGUGUUCACCAUGUACAGCCUCACUACUUGCACCUACAUCUUUGUGUUCAGUUUCUCAAGUUGUCACCUGAAGAAUCUGCACAAGACCCUAUCUAUCAUGUGCUAUUGCGGUAUGAAAGCAGGUUUCUUUUUUACCUUCUGCCCGAUACAAGAUGCAACUGGGAAUUUAUUGUGUGUCUAUAUAUUCAUCUAUAGAGGCUUUUGAUUUAAAAUUUGAGCUUGUGUUUCCCGCUUCGCCGACAUUCAUCUCCUCUGUGGAUCCUAGGAGUAUGUGCUUGUUUAUUUUGAUCAACUUGUUCCCGAAUCUCUUUUCUCAGUAGAGGACAUCCCUCUUUGCCCCAUUACCUCGUCAAACUCAUCAUACUGAUUCAUCCUGCUGUCAGCUUCUUCUCUCUGGUCAUCCUCUUUAAAUGACUAAUAAUGGUACCAACACCGCUUUGCUUUUAGGAGCAGUGAGGAAGAAAAGGGGAAGUACUCUCCAGUCAUCGCUGCAAGAAUCGUUUUCACCAUUCUUGGUUGUUUGGUGAUAUCAAGUCUGAUUUGCUCUAUUGUGGCUGAUGGUUCUCCUUUCCGUACAGAGGUUUUCACUCAGUAAGAUUUUGAUGCAUUCACUUCUAUUUGUUUUGUUUGUUCAAACUGUCAAUCAAGUUUAACCUUGCGACUCUGCUCUAGUGUAUUUAGGUACUGAGGCAGGAAUGGGAAUGCCUUACGAUUUUGUUUGUUUUUUGUUGCAUAUUCUCUUUACCAUCCAUUCGAUUGUGAUUGCUUAUUUGCUACCAAAAUGGGUCGAAGGUAGGUGUCAACAACAGUGGUCGAAUUCUAUAUCAUCGUUCUGGCUCUCUCGGUAGGUCACCUUUGCCACACCGAGGCUUUGUUCUAACUUUUUAAGUUUGGUUAUUCGUAUUUCUAACUGUUCACUCUUCCGUGAUGUUCUCAAAUAUCCAAUGCAGGUGUGGGUUGGCUAUAAGGAAACAAGUUGGUUUAGUGCUUCCAUUUGGAUUGUUCUACUGAUAUGUCUUGGGAGGUAAUUAAUUCCUCUUCAUGAAAUUUUACUGUAUACCUUGAGCUGUACUACUUUAUAUCAUGUGUUGGAAUUGGGGUUGAACAACUAUGGGGUAAAUAAAUUAGAAUUCCCUUGUUUUUUCCUUUCAACAUGAAAUGUGGUUGAAGAAUCUGUUUGAUGACAUAAUUCAUUGCAAAUACUCAAUUAAACUUAAUAACCCGGGUUUAUCACAUUAAUGGUCACGAAAGUACUUUUGACAAGCUUGUCACUGAAAUGUAGAAAUGGAAUGAGUAAUAUAAGAGAUUUGGGUUUAAAGCUGCAAAUGGGGUUUGCAGUUGGAAUUGAGUUGAUCAACUGGUUUGCUUCAAACCAGAUGUGGGUGUAAAGCUUCAAAUGGGGCGUACAUGUCAGCUAAUUACUGCAUGCGCAACAUUUUCUAUAACAAACUCGAGUCUGUGCACACACUAAUCCGAAUAGUUUUUGCUGGAAAAUUGGAAAGAAUUGGAGACUGUUAUGUUGGUCAUCUAAAACCUUCUUCCAAAAAUCAAAGUUCAGACUUCUU